UUUGCAGAAAAUCAUGGUAUAGGUCGGACCAGAAAAAGACUCAUCGAUGGUGACAUAAAAUUGACUAAAAAUCAAAGAGCUGUUAUGAAUGGAAAAGCUAGAGGAUCGAUAAAGAACAACAGAUGGCCUAACGGAGUUCUGGUGUACGAGAUCACAAGUUCCCUUUGUAAGUCCCAUUUGAAAACUUCUAGAAAAUGUGUCAAGUCACUUUUCUGCGUGAUAUACAAACCAUACUUGUUUAUUUGAUCCUGUGAAAAGUAGAUCGGGUUUUUCGGCCCAAAGGAUUUAUAAAAACAUGAUAUUUGAGGGGAGCAUCUUUAGAUUUUAAGUUUUUAAAAUACCGAAAGGUAGAUAGGCGAGAAGAAAAUGCAGAGUUUCGAGCAUAUAACUUUUACGUUUAUGUAGUUGCUCACGCGAGUAUGCUUGUGACGAAAGUCAUCCUAUCGCUGUUUUUCCAGACUCAGUUUUCGAGAGAAUGGCACUGAAGUAAAAUUGUUCCUAAGAUGACCUCGUAAAGGAAAAGCAUUGACGUCUCUGUGCUGAUAGUUUUUCUCGUAGAGUGAGCGAAACUCCGUAACCAGUUAUUGUAACAGAAAAAUUUCCCCCUUCUUUUGAUCAGCAUCUCAGGGGAGAGCCAUGCAAGUCAUAAAUCAGGCAUUUGCUGAUUACACCAAGAACACGUGCAUCAAGUUUAAGAAGAGGAACACUGAAACUAGCUACGUUUCCUUCUUCAGGGGAUCAGGGUAAAGUUUAACAUUACGCCAAAAAAUUCCUAAGUUUCUUUUUCCACCAUCGUCAACUUGUGAAAAUUUUGCUGCGAUUUUAAAUCAUUAACUCUUUCUUCAGUUGCUGGUCUUAUGUUGGAAGAACUGGUAGAAAGCAACAAUUAUCUCUUGCCUCCGGAUGUUGGCACAAGGGAAUAGUUGUACACGAAAUAGGUGAGUUUCGCCCCCCCCCCCCCCACACCUCACCCCUGACAAAAAAAAUAAACAACUGAAUUCAAAGCCAUGUUCAACAAAAAGACAGCAUUUUACUAAACGAAAAUAAUCUGUCCUAUCCGUUCAGUAAUACUUUUAAUCCAAAGAUCCAAGAACUGGUUAAGCUUGAUUUCCGCAGCCUCCUUGAACGAACAUGUUUCCAACAAGAUUAGCUGAAAAGUUAAUCUCGAUGCUUUAUCGGCUCUGUAGGCCUGGUGCCCACAGCGAUCAAGCUACCACGGAACUGAAAAAGACUCUUUCAUUUUGAACCUCCAAAACUACACUUUGUCAGUAUGGACAAGAGAGAAAGCCGGGACCAGAUUUAUUAUAAAAGAGAGCAUUCGAGGGAUGGGUAAGAGGGGUGGGGAAAAUGACACUAGGAAAGGAAGUACAAACUUUCAUUAUGGUUCAACCGCUUUAACUUGAGUCUGAGUGUAACAAUCUUUCUUUUUGAUACUUUCUGCGUUGAAGUUAAACGGGUUAACCAAUUUUAUUCUGAUUUGUUUCGUACAGGGCAUGCCUUGGGCUGGUUUCACGAACAAUCACGACCUGACAGAGAUAACUUCGUAACCAUCAGAUAUCAAAACAUUAAAGAUUGUGAGUAUUUGGGUUUCUGAAAAAGGAGUAAAGAAUGAUCAGGGGUGGAAGAUAUGAACAAGGAUUGCAAAUCAUAUUUGAGUUACACUUUGGUUCGAUUGAAAUAGCUGUAACAGUAAAAUGAAAUGUGCGAAAUCUUACAUACGGAGACCCAGGUCAGUAAAAACGCUAAAACAAACUUGUGUAGGCAACCACGCUUGGUAAGGCUGGAAAAGGUUAACUCAGGAUGCAAAUAACAAUUUAAAGUUUUAUGCCCGCAGUUUUCAGGGUGUACGUAGCUCCUUUAGUGAAUCAGCUUUAUCGAUAUCAAACCAUUCUUAAAGAUUGCUUACGAUUCAAGCUAACUCGAGCCAAAGCGUUUCGCAAAUUUUAACUCGAGUAGCAAAACAAAAACAAACAAAAAUCAAAUGCCCAAGAAGAAAGUAUAAUUUAAGUAACAGACUGAGGACAAACAUUUCAUGAGUAAUUAAAUAAAAUACCUCAUCGAAGACUAAUUUUUUCUCUCCGACAGCUGCCAAAAACAAUUUUAAGAAAUACACAUCAAGCGUCAUCGAUACAUUGGGGACCCCUUAUGAUUAUGGAUCUGUGAUGCAUUACGGAGCAAAAUACUUCUCCAAGAAUGGUCAACCUACAAUAGUGCCCAAGAGAUCAGGGGUAUGUAAAACAUUCAUACCUAAUCAUACUUCUCAUUGAAAAUCGUUUAAAUUAGAAAGUUACUAUUCCUCUUUUCUGUAACUAGUAAACUGAACAUGCUCGAACUUCAAAAAUUAAUCAUGAACUUAUAAAUAAGCCAUCAGGACUGAGGAGAGCUCGUCAUUUCUGUCGCGGUCUCGUUGGCAAGAUCCUUGUAUUCUAUCCAGAGAAUUUGACGCCGACCCUCUCACUGAUCUCGUAAAGCUCUAUUUUUACUCUAUUAAAUUUUGAGGUUUCGUUUUAUCAGUUGUGAACCGUAAUAAUUCGAUUUAGCACCCUCCUUCCAACAAGCGCCCCUAUUCUGUUUCGGUGAUAGAACUGCUUUAGCCUCGUUCUAAAACCUGUGGUCUACGUCUCAGUCUCUCAACAUCUAUGACAAACUUUUAAAUUCUAGGUAACAAUCGGUCAGCGUAAUGGACUCAGUCCAAUUGACAUUCGACAAAUGAACUUGAUGUACAAAUGUUCAGGAGGACCUGGUAAUGAGAUAAAUAUACUUGAUAACAUAAAGUACAAAAAGCUGACCUUUUGAUGUGUUUUCAUGUCACUUAUUGCUGUUAGUGCUAUCCAUACCAUUACCACUUUGUAAAGUUAUGUUUUAAUUCGUGUUAGAAUAUUUCUUACCAUUAACGAUAGAAAUAUGAUUUCAGCAAAUGCCUUUAUAUACUUUUUUUUUCUUCAAAAGGCCCAACGACACCUGCCACCGCUUCUCCUCCUCCUCCAUCUUCAGGUUGUAUAAAUUCUGUGAUAUUUACUCAAUCUAUUUGUGUUACGGAAAGCACAGAAAGUCAAGAAACAUAAUCUACCAUUCUCGUAUAAUUCCUGCUUAAUUUUUCAAAACCCUUGCAAAACAUUUAAACAACGAUAAACCCCAACACCCAUUAAGAAACGAGUACCUCGUAAGAAGUUAUACUUUUUUCGCUAUGUUUUCACACACUCGGUUUUCAUAUAAUCUUUGCUAGAGUAAAUAAUAUUUAGAGAAAAAGAUUUCAUUUUUAAAUUCCUAUGCAGCAUCCUCUUGUAACUUUGAAAGUGGUAUGUGUUCUGGCUGGACUCAGGAUAAGUCAGAUAAUUUUGACUGGACGUCGAGAUCUGGUUCCACUCCAUCGGCCAACACUGGCCCAUCUUCGGGCCACGGAGGUUCAGGUAUGUGUUGGAAGAAUUAUUUUUAAAGCCUUUCUUUACAAUGAACAGGAGACCAUUAUCACUAAGAUAGAGUCGAAGAGAUUUUUCGCUGGAAUCAUUAUUUGCAUUUUAUCCUAGCAUUGCAUUUAAAUUCCACCUUCUGUUCCUACUUUAUGACCAAAAAUCACAUAAAUCUCGUAUUUAAAGAGAUAACGGGUAGAACAAGUACGGAAGACAGAUUUUUGCGGUCUUUAUUUUUGAGCGCAACCGAGCUUGAAUAAAAGUAGUUCGAAGUUAGUUAUACAAAAGUGACGCAGGUACCGAGCUUACAAAUUUCUGUAAGCGAAAAAAAAACUAGAAACAACUCUAGAUGCGGAAUUUAGUUCAAAAUUCUUCGCCUUUGAAAAAUAUUAUUUUUCUCUUGCAGCGAUUAGCUGAGAGGUAAAGCUUGAGUUAAGGAUGUGAAUCCUCCCCCUUUUGCAUGGUGAUAAAUUUCCUGCCUAUCAGAGCUUGUGUUCAUUACUAUUUCCUGAAAAGUCUUAAACCUAACGCCAGAAAAUCUUGAUUGGUCCAAGGUGUGCUUAGCUUACUCGAACAAAAAAAUUAUACAGCAUUAAUUAAGUAAAUGAAAAGCUCCUCAGUACUAACUUGAUAUCGUUUUGAGUUAAAUCAUUACUGCGCAAAGCAUUUUGCUUGACUAAUAAUCUGUGGUAAAUGUUCGAAAAUAUUGUGGUAUCGCCAUUUAGUUGUAUGGUUACCACCUGCAGCUGGUAAAUUUCAUGUCGAAACAACUUUUUAUUUUCAUCUUCAGGGAAGUAUAUGUACAUUGAAACUUCAUCUCCAAGAGUAAACGGAGACAAAGCAAGACUUAGAUUUACGGGUUCUGAUAGCGGCGCGUUUUGUCUGAAGUUCUUUUAUCACAUGUUUGGAAAGUCGGUGGGAACUCUAAACGUCUACAGCGGAAGUAAAAAUGUCUUUACCAAGUCGGGUAGCCAGGGAAAUAAGUGGAUAGAGGCGAAGGUUCCUAUCUCUUCAAGUGGACGAGUAAGUCUUUUUUGAUAACAAUUUCUUACUUUAAGAUUGCAAUCAUAGUUUCAGACUCAUCUAUCUUCAACUUUUUUCAUGAAAAUCUUGACUGUAGGCCCGAAAUCGCCGUGUGCCUAGAGGGCUGUUGUAUAAUAACAAAGCUUGAUCAAAUUUUUGUAAAACAAACGAAAAAGCGCAGAAUGGUUCAAUCAAAGAAUUGGUGUCCAAAUCUUUCUUCCCGAUUGUGCAGUGAGCAAACUGAUUAUCUUCUUUCAGGUUCAAGUGACAUUUGAGGGAGUCAGAGGGAGGUCUUGGUCAGGAGAUAUAGCUAUUGAUGACGUAACCAUAGCGAAAGGAGGUUGUUUCGCCCCACCCACUCCCGCUCCACCCACUCCUCCUCCGCCUCCAGGUACCUUUCAUUUUAAGAUAACUGAAUCACAAUGCGUAAUUUUAACUGACCUCCGUAUAAAAAUAUUACAUGGAUACUGCAUCUAAAUGACCUGGCUUUAUUUAAAUACCUAUUCUCGAGACACUUUUACGGCAGACAAAACUUCUCCACAGUUUUUGAUUGAUAGUCAAAUUUACUAUUUUUGUGUGUUUUUCUCAUUCUGCAGUUAUCACCUGAAUCGGUUUCAAUUUUGUUCAAUAUUUUUCUGCGCGCUGCAUGUGAUCUCCGCAAGGUGAAGUUGCAUUCAGCCUUGCAAUAACCAGCUACAUACUUUACUGCUGAGUGAAGUCAAUAAUUAACAACAAAACCAAACCCAAGCAUUUGAAAAGCAGUUGAUGCGCGUCACAACAAAUCGAAUUUAUUUGUCAUAAUUUGAUCAAGAAACAAGCAUCCAUCCUAGCUGCUAUUGAAGUGCUGUCCGUUUGUUUGUUGUCUAGCCGGUAAUUGUGGAUCCCGACCAAGUGUUCGAAUCGUUGGUGGCACAGUAGCACCCAGAAACAGCUGGCCUUGGCAAGUAAUGCUGCUGACCACAUCCAAUCAGCAGUUUUGUGGAGGCUCACUGAUUGACCCUUUGUGGGUGGUAACAGCAGCGCAUUGUGUUACUCGGAAAUCGCCCCGUAGUGUUAGAGUCAGGUUGGUAUUCGUUGCUCAAGAACUGUAGCGAAAUUAUUCUUUAGAACAGCAAACUUAUCGUCCAUACAAAAUCAGACAAUUGUGCUAAUUCAACUCGCUCUGAAAUGGGUUGAGUUGUUUGUGUCACUCUUAUGCAAGAUUUCAUUUAGAUGUGAGUCUUGAUGUGAACUCAGCGAGAUAGUGAAAAAAAAAACCUAGAAAAAUAAUUAUUUCAAAUACAUGCUUCUGAUAACGACUUGGCAGAUCAAAAAAAGUUUUUGUAUUUUGCGUCUAGGCGUCGAUCAACGAUAUCUGCCAUAACAUACAAAUGAUGUUACAUUGCAGUGCAAUAAAAAGACGAACAAACAAACAAGAAAACCAAAUCAAACAGAUACAAAUUUGAAAUACAGCUUGUAGCGGGGAAAUGUUUUGUCAAUUUAUGCUAUCUUUUCAUCAAACGUAGAGUGGGAGCUCAUUUCAGGACAUCACAAUUAGUUGGAACAGAACAGAAUAUCAACGUUGCCCAGAUCAUUUCCCACGAGAAUUAUAGAAAACCAAAGUCCUUCAGCAAUGACGUAGCUCUCCUAAAACUGGCUAAACCCGCUGUACUUGGUCGAGGAGUUGGGCUCGUCUGUUUAUCAAAUCCAAGCAAUGUUCUUCCCAUUGACAAAAGUAAGCACUGCUGGAUAACUGGAUGGGGGACUCUGAAAUCCGGUGGCAGUCAACCCAAGGAACUCAUGCAAGCCAGCGUCCCACUUGUAUCAAAAGCGCGUUGCUUGAGAGCCUAUCCUGGCAAGAUAGACGACACCAUGUUGUGCGCAGGUCUGGACCAAGGCGGGGUGGAUGCUUGUCAAGGCGACAGUGGUGGGCCGCUCGUCUGCGAGUUCAAUGGCAGAUGGUUUUUGGAGGGAGCCACAAGCUGGGGUUAUGGCUGCGCCAGGCCUAACAAGUAUGGAGUGUACGCUAGCAUUGCCCAUCUGAGGUCAUGGAUAACCAACAAGGCAGGCCUUUCACAACCCAGCCCACCUCCACCAGUGACUCCACCGCCGUCCACCCCGGCUCCACCAACAGCAAAACCACCCCCACCUCCAAGUAAGAUUUUUACGUCAAAUAAUUACAUCUUAUCUUACCGCAAAUUUUAUUUCAAAAAAUUUUUUCAAGAGAAAAACAUGCAUAGUUUAUAAUUCUCUUCAUCUUCCACGUAAAUGUUUAUGUGCUACUUUUCACGCCUUGAAAAUGAAGCGGUAAACUGUGAAAUCAUUCAGCGCCCACAGCAAUUGAAUUUUAAGGAACACGAUGAAAAUGUACCGUUGGAAUAAAAUAUACUAUUGUUUCCGCAGGUUGUAAUGAUAAUCCCAAAUACGCCGACAUUUGUCCUUCAAUUGCUUCAUGUGGAAACUACUGCAACAAUAACAAAGCUUGGGCGCAAAAAAACUGUCAAAAGUCAUGUAGAAUGUGUCAAGGUAAGUUCCAUAGUGCACUCCCUGAGAAAUACGAACAAAGUACAAAAAAAGGUGGAAAACGUCUGUGUUCGGUUUUCCGAGAAUACCGCGACACAAUUUGAAGUCGACGCAUACAAAAGGUUAGCUAAAAUAGUCAACGACUGAAAAGCCGAGAAUGAAUUUGAUACUUCGCGUCAACUGAAAACUCUUUAAAACGAACAUAGAAUGAAUAAAAAAUGCUUUUCUCAACCAACUCGCCAAAUUCCCUUUCGAUCGGUUCGAUGGCUUUGCUCGUUAGGAAUUAGAUCUAUCAACAAACAAAUUUUAAACCUACAUUCCUCUUUGGCAUACAUAUUAAUUUUAAAUAUGGGAACAGAACUUCAUUCUUGCGCACAUUUUUCAAACUAUUUACAGCGUUUUAAGAAAUCGUAAAGACAGGUCUUACCAUUAUGUCCGUUUAGAUUUCAAUUUUUUCAGAGGUUGAAAUUUGAUGAUUGAAACAAUGCGAAAAUUAUCUUAAUCCUGUUCCUUGAUUCCGAUCAAUCUUUGUUGUUGAGCUCACUCGAUUAAACUUACCCAAGUUUCACAAGAAAAUAGAGUCAAUGGUAAAAUGAUUCUCUCGAAUUAGAAAAUAUUCACAGCCUUUUUCUCCUUUAAGUUGACUGACUGAGUAGAAUUUAUUGCAAUUUCACAACAGGACAACUCCAAUGUGGCUCCACGCCCAUCUCUCAAUCACGUGUCAUUGGAGGUCAAGAUGCAAAGCCUGGAGCCUGGCCAUGGCAGGUGUGAUGUCUUAGCUUUGCAAGUGUACAUAUUCUACGCUGUCUGUUUCGAGAGACUAGCAACCUCAAUUUAACAUCAGUUGUAGGGUAUAUUAGGAAAUCACCGCUGGCGAGAUAAACGUUUGGUUUCAUUGUUGGCAAGUUUAAACAUGACUUCCUGAAUUGUAGUCGUGUUUUUAAAACCAAGUUUGCAGGCUAAGGUUCAUUAAAAUCCCUUCAACUGAAGGUAACGGAUCCUGUAUGAAAGUUUAUAAAAUGUUUGAAAUUUGAAGUUAGUAUUCAUACUAUCGAUGUUUCGUCAUAUAGAUCGCAUUACAGCGUAACAACAGAUUCAUCUGCGGAGGAUCGCUCAUCUCUGCCACUUGGAUUGUUACUGCUGCCCAUUGUGUAGCAAGCAGCAGGUAAGGGCUUCCUUUUUUUAUUUGACAAACAGGGAGCAAGCCUAAUGAAGCUUUUGAGAAAAACAUUGGCUGAUUACCAAACUGAUCAACCCACCAACCUCAACAUAUAGCGACCAACCAGCUUGCUGACCAGUAAUCUUGAACUGACUGGCCAAUCAACCAACUGGCCAACUGACGACCUAUAAAUAAGAAACGACCAACAGACCCGACCCGACUGAUCAACCGAAUGACCAUCUCGACGUCUACUGUCGAACAAUCAAUGAAACUGGUCAACAGACCUAGCCGGUCAAUUACAACUGACUGUCUAUGCACCAUAAAACAACCAACCAACCUACAAUUGAGAAAAAUCACCGAGAUUUGAAUCUGAUUGACUUACCAUACGAACAGGUGACCAAAUAUAAGACGAAUAAACUGGCCGAUCAACCGAUUCACCAAGCAAUCAAAACACGGCGAGACAUAAUUCACAUCCCAUUAUAGCAUAACAUUCCUUCAUUGGACAAAUAUUCCAGACUAUAUUUGACAGUCCAACAGUGUAAUAAGCUUCUUUGUCGAUUGAAGGCUGUGCAUAACCAUAAUGCAGCAAUUCCAUAUUAACCUGAGUAUACUUGUGUUGUUUAUCUUUAGUAACCCUGCAAACUAUAAAGUAGUUGUGGGAGAUCACAAUCGGAAUGCUAACGAAGGAACAGAGGAGUCAGUUGGCGCCAAGCGAGUAAUUUCUCACCCUCAAUACAAUCGUCCUGGUAGACUUAACAAUGACAUCGCCCUGAUUGAACUCGCUGCGCCCGUGAAACUCUCUGCCAGGGUGAACCCCGUGUGUCUACCGUCUAGCAACUCAAACGUACCCACAGGAUCAAAAUGUUACAUUACAGGUAAGAGCAGUCAUAAGUAACGCGCUUGUUUCAUGUACACUAUGAGAAUACUAUACGAUGAUAAUGCCAAAAACUCUUGUGUAUCAAAACAAAACACACAAGCUUUAAAUUUAAGUAAUUGACCUAACGACUUGUGGAGAAAACUCUCUGCAAACUCUUCAAACUUUGCAGACGCCUAACUGAAAAUCUAUGGUUGGUUGAAUCAGCUUUAAUAUUGCUUGCCUAACCAGCGGGGCAUUAUUCACAAUGUAGAGUUCUGCAUAUUACCAUGUUUAGCUUAAAAAUGACACAGGAGAUUCCUUUAGAAAGCACUGCGUUGGAGAUAACAGCCUUCUGCAAGCAUGGUUGAAACAUUAUCGUGCUUCCUCGUACACUUUUUCAUAAUUCUUUCCAUUCCCGCCGGUAGGUUAUCACUUAACAGAUGGGGACACAAUUGGGACCCACUUAUCUGUCUCCUGAGCUAUUGACGUGUUUUAGUGGUAAUUUUGUGAACUUUCUGCUUUGAUAGGUUGGGGAAAGAUUAAACAUCCGGGAAGUUCUCAUCCUAUUUUACAGCAAGCCAUGAUGCCGCCCAUCGAUCCAGCGAAAUGUCGGCAGAGGAUUCAAGCGAGUGGAGGUGCUCUCGAUAAUCUAGUAGAUUUUCUCAUUUUAAUGUUGUCAGCUCUAUGCUUAUUUUUUCUUCUCUUGCGUUUUAAUUUAGAACUUAUUCAUAAGGUUUGUUAUGGGAUUGUCAAAUCCGCUCUUUUAUGAAAAGCGUCCACACAACAAUGAAGCGCAAAUUAUACAUUAAUUCUGGCUGGCAUGUUACGAAACUACGUGCCGUAAAUUUUCAUCAACCCUGAAUUCAAUUUCCAGCUGUCUCAACAACCAAGGAAUAGAUCGAGAAUGGACUCCCAAUGUUUUCAGAAUUUUAAUGAUCUGAACUAAUCGCCAUGUAAAUGCCGUGGCUAAUGCCAUCUUAGGUGGGCCCGAAAUCCGAAUCUUUUUAACCGAUCUAGAUAACAAUGUACUUCAGUGACGGAUCACUAAGUCAGUUGAGGGUUUGAACUUCGAUGCUUUCAUAGAAUUUGAUUCUUUUACUUAGGUUUCAUUUUGAAAAUGCCUGUUAAACCACUCCUGCUUGCAUCAAUUGAUGCUUCGAACUAACCAUACUUGUUUAUCAAACCCUGUAACCCACUAUUUGUUAAUGAACCCUUUAAUUGACUAAGUCGAAUGCCGUUUAACUCCAGCAAGAACAUAUUGAAUUCGAGUAACAUCAGUCACAAGAAGAUUUUUCACGGUGUUAAUAAAAUCCAAAGAAGUUUUAUAUUAUCUUUGACAAUGGAUAAAAAUUGUGUUGUUUUGGAUUACUCGUGCUUAUCUAGGGAUAUUUUCAUUUUUUGUAGUCUCAAUAUCGUUAACUCCGCAAAUGUUGUGCGCGGGCGUGGACAAUACCAUUUUAAGUGGUUGCCAUGGUGACAGCGGAGGACCGUAUGUGUGCUUGAAUGCGGACGGGAAGACAUACACCUUGCAUGGUGCAGUAAGCUGGGGUUCCUCCAGAUGCGAUGCUAAACAACUUUUUACUGUGUUUGCUCGAGUGACGCAGUACCGAGCGUGGAUCAAACAGCACACUGGGUUAGGUGGAUGA